AUGGAGAAGAUGUCCAGUACCGACGACAAGAUGAAAGACAUCGAGCUGAUCGAGGAUCAUAGUGGCAACAUUGAUGAAGACCCAGAAAGCGCAGCAGAAGAGAAGGCCUUGGUCCGGAAGAUCGAUCUCUUUUUGCUGCCAACGAUAUGGAUCAUGUAUCUGCUCUCAUACAUGGAUCGAACAAACAUAGGCAAUGCGAAGAUUGCUGGAAUGACAGACGACCUGGGCAUGGACUCCAACCAGUACUCCAUUGCUCUUGUUUUCUUCGUCACCUAUGUUAUCUUCGAAGUUCCGAGCAAUCUAAUCUUGUCCAAGACCAAGCCCUCGAUAUUUCUUCCGGCGAUCAUGUUGCUCUGGGGGGUGGCAACGUGUUGCAUGGCUCUAAUCGAUACCUAUGAGCAUCUGGUGGCACUCCGAGUGCUUAUAGGAGUCCUGGAAGCUGGAUUCUCGCCAGGCAUUCUUCUUCUGCUGUCCAGCUGGUAUAAGAAGAACGAACAAAGCCGCAGAUUCUCAGUUUUCAUCUCUGCAGCAGUAUUAUCUGGAGCUUUCGGUGGCAUUAUAGCUGGUGGGAUCACAGGAGGUCUUGAAGGAAGAUACGGCAUCCCAAUUGUUUCGUACUUCAUCCUGCUCGAUUUCCCUGCCAACACAAAGAAGCUCAGCGUCCGGGAACGAGAAUUGGCCAUUUCGCGCCUGGAACGUGAUGACGUUACCGGCCGCAAUGAGGACACCCCACGGAUCACCUCGUUGCAAGCGCUGAAGCAAGCAGUGACCUCCUGGAGGGUUUGGCUACUCACCGCCGGAUACAUGGUGAUAGUUGGCUCGUCAACAUUGUCCUACUUCUACCCAACCUUGGUCCAGGGGCUCGGAUAUACGUCCCACAUGGCUCAGUACAUGGUGGUGCCGAUAUAUGCCGGGGCUUUUGUCUGUGUAGGAAUAACGGGUUACUUCUCCGAUAAGUUUCCUGCACAACGUGGAUUGAUAAUAUCAGGGUGGUUAGUGGUUUCUAUGAUCUGUUCGAUCGUGGUCUGCGUGGUCUAUGACUUCACAGCGAGGUACGUCCUGCUAGUCAUCAUGGCAGCAGGACUAUGGUCGACGAACGCCAUCUCGCUGAGCUACGCGUCUAGCACGUUCGGUCCAUUUCCGCAGGAGGUGCGAGCAGUGGCGCUGGCAAUGGUCAACGCGUUGGGCAAUCUCGCGCAAAUUUACGGGGCAUACCUUUUUCCGUCGAAGGAUGCUCCAAAAUAUCUGCUCGGAUUUGGAGUCAUUUCGGGCAUGUGUGCAUUCGGCGUAUUGACAUAUGCCCUGGCGCAUGUAUUGCUGAGGAAGUACGCCAAGUAA